UCGGUUGAAGCGAACGCGCGCCCAACACAAAACCGAAGAAAAAGAGAAAGACUUUUUUUUAAAGCAUUUAAUUUGGCUCACAAUACGAUCAGUUCAGGUGCAAACGUUGCUGUGAAAGGUUGUAUUUCAUCGUUAACUCUCUUGGUGUGCAAACAAACAACGAUUUUUCGAUCGAAUUGGCUACUUCCAAUAUAUUCCCCCAUACGACUUGUCGAGACAGAACGAGUUAAACGGUCGAAACAAAUACGACGAGCAAAAAUAAAAACAGAAGAAAGAAAUUUUUUUUUUUUUUUUUGAAAAAAAGUGGUAACUUAAGAGAAAAAGAAGAAACCAAGCAGAAUCUCCAAAUUGAACGAGAGAAAGAAAGAUUGUGAGUGUGCGUGAAAAUGAUGCAAAAGAAAAUUUAUUAAACGGCCAUUUAAUAAACGCGAAUUGCAUUCGAAAACAACAAUUUAAUUGGUUUUCGUGGAACAUUUGUGAAAAUAAUCAUCAACGAACAAGCGAUUCUUGUGUGUUAACAACAACAACCAACAAUUAUUCGCGGUGGCGGCCACACAGCAAACAUUUAUACCAUUGACCGAUUAAACGGCGAAAACGAAAAUUAAGAUUUUUUUUUUGGUUUUCUUGUUUUGCUUCGCUUCGAUCAAACAACUGACCAGCGAGAAAAAAAAAACGAAACAUUUUAUGUGCAAAGUGAAGAGUUUUUCGGUGGUUUUACGUUAUCGAUUACAAACACUUUUUUUUCUUUUGCUCUGGACAAUUUUCACUUGGAGCACUGUUUUUUUGCUCUCCUCAUCUCUGUGUGCAGUGAAUUCACAUUUUAUUUAUAUUAAUAAACAGUUUUCUUUUAUUGCGGACAAAUCAUUGGAUUCAUGUACAUUUCAAAUAUGAAAUUGUUAGUAUCAAUGAUAUGUGCCAUUUUUAUGGCCAGCAAAAUUGCGGCACAAGGAUUCCCACCGCAAUUCCUAUCGCAUCAGCAACAGCAACAGCAACAACAACAACAACAACAAACUCCAUUGUUGGUUAGUGGCGGCACCAGACGCCAAUUGACGCCAGCCCAGCAAAACCAUAUUUUGACCGAUAUUCAACAGCAUCAACGCUUUGCCACCCAAAAUCAUCUCUUCAAUCCGAAUCAACAGCAAAAGGUUUUCGGCCAGAAAAUCGCUCAAAAUGUUUUGAUUGAACCAUCGCUGCAAUCACAAUUGCCAACGGAAACAACGGUGUUCCAGAUACAAGCCGCACAAAAUCCCCAAUUUUCCUUCUUAAAUCCACAAGUUCCACAACAGCAAGCAUUGCAAGGUCGUUUCCGUAGUCAAAACAAUGUUCGAACCAAUGAACUUCAUGCACAACAUCAUACACAGACCAGUUUCGUUCCAAACUUUAAUGGUGCACCGCAAAAUAAUGUUGUGUUUCCACAGCAGCCACUAUUUGAACGAAAUCCACAACAAGUUUUCCAACGUUCGGUAGCAAAUCAACAAGGCGAUGCUAAUGUUGUUUUCCGACCAUCACAACCAUUCCCAGUUAUUCCACCAGCACCGGUAAUUCCAACACAAGCAAAUCCCGAGCCAACAUUUAGCGGUCAAUCAUUACAACCCGUUCAAACAUUGCAACAAAAUCAAUUGCAUCAUCAACCAAAUGUGCAUCAGCCAAACGUACAUCAAGCCAAUUUACAUCAGACAAAUGUGCAUCAAGUGAAUGGCCACCAACCGAAUUUGCAUCAAGUAAAUGCGCACCAACCAAAUUUGCAUCAGAUAAAUGCACACCAGCAAAAUGUUCAAAACGUUCAAUUCGUACAAAAUCCCGUUUUGUCAUCGGUUCAAACGCAACAAUUCAAUCAAUUCCAAAAUCAACCCGUUCAUUUCAAUCAGCCGGCCGCAACAAAUAAUGCACCAUUUUUCGGUGAUAUACGACCAGAAGAUCCACGAUACAAAGAAUUCGUCGAACGACAAAAAAUCAUUCAAAAGCACGAACAUUUUGUUCAACGAAACUAUGAAAAACAAUUGGCCAAAGCACGUCAACAACAUCAAGAUUUUGUACAACAACAGCGUCGCAUUAAAGAACAAAGCAUUGUUAAUAUGAAACAAAGACCGUCGAACAAUUUCUUUCCGCCAAUAACCCGUGGACGUUUAGUAUCCCCGUAUGAAAUUGGACAAUUCGAACGAGCCGUUCAAAAUUAUCAAAAACAAUUUCCAACCACGACAAAAGCAACAACAACACCAAGUCCAAUAACCGAAUCGGUAGCAGCGGCUGCAUCAUCGACUACAACUCGUGUCAAAGCGAGCCGAUCAAAUGUAAAAGGUGACAUUUCUGAAGAUGAACUUGAACGAUUGCUGUUGCAACAUCGUGAUAAAUUGUAUACACAAUUGAAACAGGCCGAUGAUAAAACAACGAAAAAAUCAAGAACAAAACCAACCAAACCAAGUGGUGAUCUUUUGAAACAAUUAAAAUUGGCGUUGGCCGAUCAACCGGCCGAUUUGGGAAAUUCAAACUAUACUACAAUGGAUUUAGUUUUACCAGAUGGUCAAAAGGUGCAGGUGAUUCGUACAACUGAUCCAAAUCUUGUAAAGGGAGCAACACCAUUGAAUGCUGAUGGAACCAUUUUAGCGGAGCAACCAAGUGGACAGGCACAAACGAUUGAUCAAAAACCAUUGAUCGAAGAUGCUGCCGAUUCGGGUCUUAUCCCGCCCGGCUCCGACUUUGAAGUGAUUCGUCAAUCGACCGAUGGUAGUCUUCAACCUGUUGAUAAUUUACCACAGAAAAAGAAAGUGACAUUUGUUUAUUUGGAAGAACAAAAUGAUGGUUCGUACAAAGUGCAAGGUGUUAAAGCCAAUGGUGAAAAGGAAGCCCAUACUAAAGGUGCUGAAGUUGAUAGCAUUAUAAAUCGCAUUAAGAAUGGUGAAAUUCAACUACCACCAGCCAAUGUACGAAGAAAUACUUUGUCACCAUCAACACCCAUUCAAUCCAGUUCACCAGCAUCUACAUCGUAUGUCAGUAAUACGAUUUAUGAUAGCAGUAGCCCUUCAACACAUUUCAUGACCAGCGCAACACCAUCGCCAACUUUCUCAUUCGUUAGCUCGGUAUCACCAUAUUCAACACUGUCCACCGAUCCAACAGAAGAUCAAGAGAAUUUGUUGACCGCAUCACCAAGUUCACAUUAUCCCACAUCAACACCGCGUACAGUUUCAUCGCGAUCAAUUUAUACAACACGUUCGUUGAGCACAACAUACUCAGACAAUCACAUUGCAUCAACCGGACAACAACAACAAUCAAUUUCACCUAAUACUGUCACCGCACAAGCUCAAACACCAACCACCAGUCCACCAGAAACGAAUACACAAUCAUCGGAAUUGAUAAAUAUUUUGAAAAAUAAUGGUUUACAUGCAAUGGCCAAAUAUUUGAAACAAUCGGGUUUGGAUAGCAUUCUUAAUGAAACCGGACCAUACACACUAUUCGCACCAUCAGAUAAAGCAUUCAAAAAUUUAUUGGUUCAAUUGGGCGGACCGGAUCGCGCCGAAGAGAAAUUUAAGAGCAAUCCACGACUUUUGAGCGGACUACUUUUGCAUCACGUAAUUCCUGGAUACUUUGAGAUUUCGGCUUUGCAAGACGAAAUGACUGGUGUUUCUUUGGCGGGAACGCAAUUGCGUGUGAAUCAAUACAAUAUGCAUGACACCGAAUGGAAUGAUGUUAAGAUAACAACAAUUAACGGUGCAAUGGUAUUGCCAGAGAAAAAAGAUAUUAUCAUUCCACAAGGUGUUGCCCAUUCGGUGGACAGAGUAAUGUUCCCGCUUCCCGUGGGUGACAUUCUGCAAACAUUACAAAGUGAUCGAGAACGUCGCUUUACAAACUUUUUGCGCGCACUUUUCUCAUCUGGUUUAACGGAGUUGCUUCAAAACAAAGAUCCAAAUAGUGGCCGAACAUAUACCGUUUUUGCGCCAACCGACUUGGCCUUCUCGAACCAUACACAAGAAGAAAUCAACUUAAUGGUUACGGAUAAGGCAACAGCCCAUAAAUUGGUUAUGCGACACGUGACGCCAGGUACACUCUUUUCAUCGGGUAUGCGCUUCUAUCAGGUGCGCGAUUCAUUGCAAGCCGGCAACGCAAUCACACUGCAAAAAGUGAACAAUGGUAAAAUCAAAGUGAACGAAUCGCAGAUGGUUUCAUCAAAUAUACCAGCCACAAACGGUGUAAUUCACGUGAUCGAUUCAUUACUUUAAAAAUCGGUCACACAAAGCCAAUUCCUAAUUUUAAAGCCACACAUAUAAAAAUUCUUCUAACAAAAAAAAAUAAUUUUGAUGCGCCAAAAACGUAUCCCGUAGAGAGAUAAAUAACUGUGGGAGCGACAACGAAUGCUAAACAUAAUCUACAACAUUUUAUUGUUAAAUUUAAGGCCAUUUUAGUAUGUAUCUUCUGUCCUAUUUAAAAUUUUAAUAUUUUAGUUUUGUAUCGAUAAUAAUGAUUUUUGUAAAUAGCUCAUUUACUAUGUUCAAUAGAAUGGAGAAACCACAUUUUCUUCCUCAAAUAUUUAUUUUCACUGACAAACUCAUAAAAUAUUUACUCCUUUUUUAUUUCGAAAAAGUGCCGAGUGAAAUUUUUCUUUGGCAAAUCAGAGAGAGAAAGAAAAAAGAGUAAAUUUUGAUGAGUCAAAAUUGUGAAAUUUCAUUUAAAAAAAAUCAUUUUCCAAAAUAAAAUAAAAUUUACGAAAAAAGAAGGAAUUAAGUCUCUUACACAGCAUAAAAUUGAUGAAACUUACGCAUUAUUGGUCCAAUUGUUGAACGAUAUGCUUAUCUAUCAUAAAAUUCCUUCAGCAAAUACAAACGGUAGAUCCCGAUUUAAGCUAGAUAAUAUUGUGUAAUUUGUAAAAUGUACGAAACAAACGAAUAAGAAUAAAGUUUUGUUUCAUCAGAAUUUAAAAGAAAA